UGGAGAUCAAGAUGCUUUGCAGUGGAACAAACAGGGAAUUGUCGUUUCUGAGCUUUCCACAAGCAAAAAUGAAGACAUUCCUGGUCGGGAUCGUGUUUACAAUACAAAUGGCAGGAAAUAGUUGACAACUAUCUUUCCUUUGCAGGUGACAAAAGAUUUUCAACUCGCCUAGCAGCAUGGGCAGAUGGAGAUCUAUGCUUACAUCAUUGGCGCUGAAGCACUUUUUGAAAUGCCCCAACUCGGAUGACAGUUUGGCCAUAUAGAUGGCUAUUGAUAUGACAUUGUUCCCAUCCUCACUUCAGCACUUAUUGAUGCCAUCAUGCUGGACUGAGGUACUCUGCCUUCAGUUUUGCCUCAAUGCUGAUGAGACUAGAAUAUCAUAACAAGAUAGAUGUCAAAUACAAGAAAAAGAUUGAGGCCAUGGUUCGUUGUCCAGAUACCCCUGAGGUCAAAGAGGAAAGUUCGACCUGUCCCUACAGCGGCUUCAGCCUGCCUGACUGUGAGCUGUUCUGUCCCAGCUGCAAAAACAAUCUUCCCUACUAUAUUGCAAGAGGUUGUCACUUGGUCAAGGAGGACUGGUGUGUCUGCCCACACUGAUUUCCCGGCUCUCUACUCAGAGUUCACACAGUGUGCCGUCAUGUUUUUGAAGGGGCUGAUCUUGUUUAUGCUGUUAGUACAGUUCUCUGCAGAAGAAGGAGGCAAACCUAAGAAAGCGAAAAAGGGCAAACAAGUCAUCUGUCCCUCUCAGUUAUCAGCAGAAGAUCUGGACAGAGUCCCAGCCAACUCAACCAGUAACAUACUGAACCGCCUGCUGAUGACUUAUGACUCACGAAUACGACCAAAUUUCAAAGGUAUUCCAGUGGAGGAUAAGGUGAACAUCUUCAUCAACAGCUUUGGCUCAAUCCAGGAGACCACAAUGGAUUACCGUGUAAAUAUUUUCCUGCGUCAGCGCUGGAAUGAUCCACGGCUGCGAUUACCUGCUGAUUUUAAGUCGGAUGCAUUGACUGUCGAUCCAAAAAUGUUCCAGUGCCUGUGGAAGCCAGAUCUGUUUUUCGCCAAUGAAAAAAAUGCUAAUUUUCAUGAUGUUACCCAGGAAAACAUACUCCUUUUCAUCUUCCGCAAUGGAGAUGUCCUUAUCAGCAUGAGGUUGUCUGUCACUCUGUCUUGCCCUCUGGAUCUACAACUCUUUCCUAUGGACACCCAACUCUGCAAGAUGCAAUUAGAGAGCUUUGGAUACACCACAAAGGACCUGGUGUUUAUGUGGCAGUCAGGGGACCCUGUUCAGAUGGAUGAAAUUGCGUUGCCACAGUUCGAUGUAAAGCAAGAGGAUAUCCAGUAUGGAAACUGCACUAAGUUCUACCAGGGAACAGGUUAUUACACAUGUGUAGAGGUCGUAUUCACUCUGAGGAGACAAGUGGGCUUUUACUUGAUGGGUGUUUAUGCUCCCACCCUGCUCAUUGUCGUCCUAUCAUGGCUAGCCUUCUGGAUCAACCCAGACGCCAGUGCAGCGCGUGUGCCCUUAGGUAUUCUGUCCGUUCUGUCACUCUCAUCUGAGUGUACAUCUCUAGCAUCUGAGCUUCCUAAGGUCUCUUACGUGAAGGCUAUUGAUAUCUGGAUGAUUGCUUGUUUGCUCUAUGGCUUUGCCUCACUGGUGGAAUAUGCUGUAGUUCAGGUGAUGUUGAACAGUCCCAAACGAAUUGAAGCAGAGAAGGUCAAGAUGGCUCAGAAAGAAAAAGAAAAAGAAGAAAAAGAAAAAGAGAACAAGACACCAGCCAAAAAGAACAGUGUCAAUGGCACUGGAGGAACACCUAUACAUGUCAGCACUCUACAGGUUGUAGAAAACCGCUGCAAGAAGGUUUGCACUUCUAAAUCUGAUCUGCGCUCAAAUGAUUUCAGCAUUGUCGGUUCUCUCCCACGUGAUUUUGAACUCUCCAACUUCGAUUGUUACGGCAAACCCAUAGAGGUCACAAAUUCUGCUGGCAAAUCACAAAACAAGAACAACAAGAAGCCUGCCCCACCAAAACCUGUCAUUCCAUCUGCAGCUAAACGGGUUGAUCUUUAUGCUCGAGCUCUGUUUCCAUUCACUUUUCUCUUCUUCAAUGUCAUUUACUGGUCUGUGUACCUGUGACAAUGACAGUGUGUGUGUGUGUCUGUGUGUGUCUGUGUGUGUGCGUGUGAGCGUGUGCGUGUGUGUGUUAGCACGCUUGGAUGUUGACGAGGGAGUAGACAUAAUGUGAUCAAGCAUGAACAAACUGUAAAACUCAUCCUUUUGCAUUGUCUGAUGUCUGUUAUUUUGAUCAGAUCAGUUAAAUAGUCCCUGUCCUUUGCUACAUUUAUUUGUGUUUUUCUUUCCUUUAAGUAGCUUUUUGAACUCUGUAGCUUUAAUACAAGCAAACUUUGACAGCAUGACUUUACAGGCAAUGUGUGUUCAGCCAUCAUGUUAGGCCCCAAUAGAUAUCCACAUCCAUGCAUAGAUGUCUAUUGUUUAUAAUCUCAGGCAAAAAUGUGUAAUGGGCUUAUGGAAAUAAGAACAAUAUCAGAUAUGGACCUACACAGUUAUGUAUUGAGGAUUAGUUUUUGUAUAAGUAUUACAUAUCAAAAGGCCCAGGCCCACACAUAAUCUGUGCCCUUAGAACUUUUCAGAUUUCUGCUGUAUUGGAAACACCCUACACAUCCCAAGCCUCUUGCGUGUUUGUUUAUUAAAUAUAUGGGCUUAUAUCAUAAUGCUUCCUGCUGGCAAUAAAAGUAUAUUACUCUUAUGAGCUCUGUUUAAGACAUUUUACCAUGUUUAAAUCCAUUUUAAACAUGGUAUUAAAAAUCCCCCAAAUCUGCACAGAAAAUAUGAAAAAAAAAUGAGCCUGCAUUUGAGUUUGUAAUUAAAUGGGAUUUAAUUGCUGUAAUU